AUGUUUUCCUUAAAAGCUUCAAUCUUGAUUGUUAUUUCUUCCAUUGUUUUUGUUAAUAUUUUACAAGGAGUGGAUGGAUUCUUAUGGUUUAACAAGCAGAGCGCUGAGAAAAAGCAUCAUCACAGCGAAGAAAAGCAUUAUCAUCAUCGUAAAUACCAUCAUCAUUCCGAUGGUUCUUCAUCCUCAUCUUCAAGUUCAUCAUCUUCUGAGUCUUCUUCUGAUUCAUCAUCCUCAUCUUCAUCCUCAGAGCAUAGUUCCGAAUCUAGUGAGGAGAAAAAAUCAAAGAAAACAUCAAUAAAAACAACAGUAUUAUCUACAAUUCAGGCUAGUACAAGCACUUCAUCGCCAACAAACAGCACUCCUUGCCCAACAGCUAGUACUCCUUCCCCAUCAUCUAGCACUCCAUUGCCAGCAUCUCGCACUCCAUCGCCAACCGUAUCAACUACAACUCAAUUGCCAACAACGCAACGUUCAUUACCAACAAUUGCUAAAGAACCAACAACUCUUAUGCCUGAAAUUGUAACAAAAACAGCAACCGAUAAAGUAAGCAAUUCAACACCAUGCCAUAAAGAACCAAAGAAAACAUCAAUGAAAACAACAACAAUAUUACCUUCUACAUCUACUAAUCAAAUUAUUACCAGUACUCCAUCGCCAACAACCAGUACUCCACCAACAAUACCAACUAUUCCAAAUGUACGAACAACCCCUCCAAGCUAUAUAAUUAAUUCAAAUAAUAAUAUUAUUAAUAAAGUAGAAGAACCAAAAGGAGAAAAUAAAUUAGGCAAAGACGAUCAAAAUUCAAAUAAUCAGCCAAAAAGUGAAGAAAAUGAGGACAACGAAGAGGAUAAAAAUAAUUAUCUAAGCAGCACAGAACCUUCCUUAACUGGGGAUAUUGACCUGGAUUUGAAUGUUAUCAUUCAGAGAAGGAAAAAUAAAAUGAAUGAUAUGGUAAUUAUUUAA